AUGCGCUUCUCAGUCCCUGUCAUUGUCGCCUCUUUGGCCGCCACUGCUGCUGCAGCACCUACAAGCCCAGCUCCAGGAUCUGUGCUCGAGAAGAGAAAUAACUUUUGUGGAGCUACAACCUUUAUCAACAACAGCUCUGGUGGUUCUCCUUGGAUUGCCGACUGCCAAACGCUUUUUGAUCGAAUUGCUGGCGACGGUACUUGGUUUGUCGAGGGCCCACAGAAACGUAUUGCAAGUUGGGCAACUUGCGAAUUCGGUGCUAGGUCUUUGGACGGAACCAUCACGACUAUCGGAAAUGAGGAUGUUAGAGAUCUUGUCCGCGAUUCUAUUGCAAGGUUUGCUUGGCAAGGAAGGGUUGGAGCUAGCGGAGUAGUGGACUGUGGCAGCCGUGGAGGUGUGAAGGUUUGGUGGGGCGUCUACCACACUUAA